AUGUUAGCAGCAGCAAAAUACAUUGGAGCAGGUUUAGCUUGUUCAGGUUUAAUAGGAGCUGGAGCAGGGAUUGGGACAGUAUUUGGUUCAUUAAUCAUAGCAACAGCAAGAAAUCCACAACUUAGAGGUCAAUUAUUCACUUAUGCAAUCUUAGGUUUCGCUUUAGCGGAAGCUACAGGAUUAUUCGCAUUAAUGAUGGCAUUCUUAUUACUUUACUCAUAA